AAUUUUAUAUUUAAAUUUUCUUUUUUUUUAAAAAGAAGGAAAUAGAAAAACUGAGUUGUCUGAAUUGUAAAAAUUUUCAACCAGACGAGAUUGAAACUCUAAUACAUAAAAAAUUGCAAAAUGGUUGUGUAAAAAACCUGUGUUGGUUUUUUUUCCAUCAGCUUUCUUUUUUUUUAAAUUUUUAACCACUAACACCAAAAAGUUAAAAGUUUAGGUUAGUUAGCUUUCUUAUUUAGUAUUAUAGUGAACAAACAGACUUUGCAAGAUUAAAACAGACAAUCCUAAAUUAAUAUUGUGUUGAAAGUAUUUCCUAAAAUAGUAAAAUGACAAGCAGCCAAAAGUCAGCAGACGACCUUCGAGAGUUAGGUAAUAAUUGCUUCAUGGCCAGAAAUUAUGCUGAAGCCAUCAAUUUUUAUACAAAAGCCAUUAUAAGGAAACCAGACCUAGCCACAUUGUACACAAAUAGGGCAAUAUGUUACAUAAGAUUGAAACAGUGGGACCAGGCGUGUCAGGAUUGUGAGAAGUCAGCAGAAAUGAAUCCCAGUCACUUCAAGGCUUACUAUCUAAAGGGCCAAGCACUACUAGAGCUUAAUUUCAUUGAUGAAGCCAUUGCCAGUUUGCAUAAAGCAAUGGAAUUAUCCAAAGAACAAAGAGCGAACGUUGGGGAUAGCAUCUCAAAAGUUAUGAGGCAGGCCCGGAAGAGGAGGUUCCUGCUGGCUGAGGAUGUUAGGAGGAAGCAGGAGAUUGAACUGCAAACUGAACUAACUUCACUUCUCGUAGAGGAAAAAUUAAAGCAGUUACAGUUAGCCAACAUUCAGCACGAGAUGGAUGGUAAGAACUCUGUCAUUAGUGAUUUAACUGACUCUAUUGAAGAUGCUUACGCCAACAGAAUUGCAUUACUGAAUAACUUAUUUGAAGAAGUUGACGAUAGGAGGAAGAAACGAGACGUACCAGACGUCUUCUGCAGUCGGAUUAAUUUCUGCAUAAUGAAAGAUCCAGUCAUCACCCCCAGUGGCAUAACGUACGAGAGGGCCGACAUAGAAGAACAUUUUAAAAAAUUAGGAAAUUUUGAUCCAGUUUCAAGGAAGGAGUUAACGACAGAUCAGCUGAUUCCAAAUCUCGCCUUAAAAGAAGUUAUCGAUAAUUUCAUCGAAGAGAAUCCCUGGGCAGAUGAUUACUAAAGUUGAUAGAUACACAUACAUACAUGCAAACAUACACACAAACAUACAUAGCCACAAGCUUGUAUAAGCGCUGAUGAUGAGUGAGGUCGAAAUAGGACCAUGAACACCAACGAUUCACUUCCUAAUUUUAAUAACUUGGAUAAUAAUUAUAAAAUUACCGUUAGAAAUAUUGAAUAGCUCAACUUUCAAAAGUUAAAAAUUCGGUAGGUUUUAUCAAAUAUUGCACAUAUAUAUAUGUAUUAAUAUCUAUCUUUCUAUAUAUAUAUAUAUAUAACAUGUUGAUGUAAUGCACAAUUGCUUUAACGAGUUAUUCAAUGUACGAACGGAAUUCAUUUGAAUCGAUUUAUUGUAGCGUAUUGCGUGACAACAACCGUCAUUAUUGUCAUCUUAUUUGAGUAUUUUUGAUUUAAAUUCUCUUAUUUCAUCCUCUUAAUAAUCUUUAAAAUCUAUAAAA